CUACCCUCAACUGCAGUGCCACCGCAAACCACGAAUUUCUCGACUUCCAUAAGCCUCCGAGGCUCGUAACCGCACUUGAUUGUAGUUUUGCUUGCAACACCGCCAAUAUGCCGAUGCCUAGGGCUAAUGUCCAAAGCCUGGGCGCCCAUGUCUCCAACCUGGCUGGCUCUGCGCGCAGUUACGUCUUUGGUAACAAUAGUCGAAACUCAAAACAGAACGGCAUCAAAACCGAGGCAAUGAUGGAAGAUGAUGACUCUAGCAGUGGAAGCGACUCCGACAGCGACAUGUCGGAUGGUGAGGGCACUGAGAACUUCCUCUCCAAAAUCAACGCUGCCACUGCCAACAAGAUGACAAAUGCAGCACCCAAAGGCGGUGCCAAACUAUCGGACAGCGCUUCAACGCCUGCCACAGCUACAAAGAAAGCAUCUAUGUUCAAGGGCGAGCCGAAAGGGACCGACAAGAAGAUUAAACCCGAGCCUACCACGGAUGCUGAGGAUUCCACGAGUAGCUCCGACAGCAGCUCUGAGUCGGAUUCAGAAGACGGGAAGACCUCAAAGAAGCCAGCGGCUGCCGUCAAGAAAGCCGCCUCCAAAUCUGAGCCUAAGAAGGCGCCUGUGUCUUCGGACUCGGACUCUUCUAGCGACAGCGAUGACAGUCAUGAGGAGCAAUCUGCCGCCAAGGUAGCCGCACCACAAAAUAACAAACAGUCGAAUGCCACUGCCAAUAACAAAAGUGACAGCUCGAGCUCCGAGGAUAGUGAAGACGAGUCCGAGGAGGAGGCUCACGUUUCUAAACAGUCCCAGGCUACAGCCACGGACAAGUCCAAGAAGGCUACUAAACCAGCUGCACCGGUGACGAAGAAGGCCGCCGAAAGUUCCAGUUCUGACUCUGAGUCCGUGUCAGGUUUCGAUUCUGAUUCCAGCUCUUCGGAAGAGACGUCUUCGUCGGAGGACGAGAAAGCCAAGCCUGCCAAAGCGAUUGCGACAAAAAAAGGUGUCAAUGGUGUGGCGACAUCCAAGUCAAAGAAGCAGGCUGAUGAUUCUGAUGUGGAAAUGGCCGAUGAGUCCUUUGCGCUUGUGUCAAACAGCCAGCCUGCCGAUGGGGAAUUGGCCGACGCAUUUGUUAGGGAGGGCUUCCAGUUGCGCAAAGCUUCGGACGACACAGAUGUCUCAGAGGUACUAAAUAUUUUCAAGCAGGCGAAGCGCGAGGGCAAGCAGAUCUGGUAUUUCACCACCCCGGCAUCAGUGCCAGUUAGCGUUGUGGAGAAGAUGAACUUUCCUAUGCGCAACGCGCAGACCGGUGAGCCCAUUGUGUCGCACAACGGGCUAGACUAUGGCGUCGAUCUAGGAGCUACUGGAGUGCCCAGCACCUACAAGAUUCUUGUGCCGGCAAAGAAGGGCAGCAAAUACGAGAUGGUAGAUCGGGGCAUUGAUCAUACCAUGCACCUUAAGAGAAUCACCCAGCUUGCUGCCUCUGACUUUACGGCGAAGCCCAAGCCUCAAAUAGCCGCUAAGCCACCAAGACCCCAACCUCCGGUACUGAAGAAGCGAUACACACCCAUUGGUGUCCCCACGCCUAUCCUUCCCCCAAUCCCGGCAGUCCUGAAGUCGAGAGGCGACGUGGCCAUGACCGACGCUCCGGAUGCCGCCGAAGACAAUGGAUCAACGUCUGAAAAGAAGUCCAAGAAGCGCAAGGCGAACGCAGAGGAAGCUGCCAAGACCCCCUUGAGCGAGACAAAGUCGAAAAAGGCCAAGACCAUCAACUCUAUAUCGGCAGAACCUUCCAUCCCACAAAUCACGUCACCCUCUAGCACACCCACGGGUACAGACAAGAAGCCGAAGGCAAAAGGCAAGACGACAGCUACGACAACUCCAGUCUCGCAGGUAAAAGCCAGGCCAAAGAGCUCCGGCGAGGUGCCAAAGACGCAAACCCCGGUUCCGCUGCCCAAAUUGCCAGGUUUGAAGAGGUGAUUACCGGUUUGUUUGAGAAUCGUACCUUUGACCAGCGUCUAUCGCGCUCUUGUUAAGGGUUCCAAUUCCUAUUUCCGAAUUUUACGACACAAGGCGUUCAAAGCGUCGAUAUCCCCUUUGAGACCUUGGCUUGAUGGAGUGACAGAAAGCCAGCUAUGAUCGGUUCUUUUUUCUCGAUUAACUAUCAUCAUCUACUGCGAGGCUUGAGGAUUAAUAGCAGAUGGAUGGUUUUGUGAUAAGCCAUCCCCCUGGGGCUUGAUUUGCACAGGCAAGCUCGGUCUGUGAGGCAUUGUCGCGGAUUGGUUGUUCCUGUUACAUAUUGCACGUGCCGGCCCAGUCUCGGGAUCUUUGGUCUCAGUACCUACCUAGAUCAUUCGAGGCGUUUCAUACUGCAUCUGACGGAGUUCUGUAUAUCCCACUAAAGCUUGGGCUUUUUUUUCCCUUCCUCCUAUUUCUCUUGUCAUUUCCGAUGAAUAUCCACAGCCACGUUGUCAAAACAACCGCCGAUUACUCCAAGCGGACCCUUGCCAGUUCGAAUUUUUAGUAUUGCGUGAGGCAAGGAAGUAUCUUGGAGUUGCGGACAUAACUAGAUCGAUCACAUCUUGUGGUUUUAUAGAUGGC